AUUUAUGUCCACAUUUCAAAUUCCUCUUUUUUUCCCCUUGCCUAGUUGCAUUUGCUAGUAUCUCUAGUACAAUGAUGAAUACGAGCAAAACACCGGAUCUGGGUAUUUUGUUUCUUAUUCACUUGCAUUUUGUGUUUGCUUUCUUGCCAUAAAGAACGUUUACUUUUAUGCAAAUAUGUUAACUUUUUUUUAAUAGCUGCUUCAGAGUGUUAUGUUUUCCUCAGAAUAAUCUUUUAAAAAUUGGCUACAUUUUUUCCGGGUACUUUUCUAAUUCUCUGCUUUCUAAUUUUUUCUACUUUUUAAAUUCUUCAAUAUUUCAUCCAUGUGGAAUUUAUUUUGUGAUAGGGAGAAAAAGUCUCCCUCAGAAACAGAGAAGCUGGAGAAUCCUGUGUUUGUUCCCUGGAUAAUGAUUGGGGCUGGGUGUUUCCUUAGGGACGACUUGGCGAAGUUGCCCUUUCUGACCAUGUGCAUGAAGGAGAGCCUGCGGUUACAUCCCCCAGUCCCAACCGCCAUCCGAUGCUGCACCCAGGACACGGUGCUCCCAGACAGCCAGGUCAUCCCCAAAGGCGUUGCCUGCCUCAUCAGUAUUAUCGGGAUCCAUCACAACCCAACUGUGUGGCCAGACCCCGAGGUCUACAACCCCUUCCGCUUCGACCCAGAGAACAUUCUCAGCAGGGCCUAGGUAAGGGCGGCCUGUGUCUGAGGCGGGGAUGAGGUGACGGGUGCGGGGGCCAAAAAAGGGGGAAGUUGCAGAUGGUCCCAGAUCCAGCUCUCCUUCCCUCCCUUCCUCAGGAGUUUAUGGGCAACAGCCCACAGAGUGGGGUUGGGAAGGUCCUAGAGGGGUCUGCGGUGUGCUCAGAACCCCCUCCUCCAUCUGCUGAUCUGAACUGGGGGUAGGAGUCUGGGCC